CUGUCCUUCAAGAUCUGUGCACCGCAAGAGGAAUAACAAAAAAGGGUGUAUGCUGACAGCAGCACAGAUUGAGGGGCAAAUGAACGAAUGCAUUGUGGCAACGGCGCUGUACUAUCUAGACUCAGAACACCUGACGCCGCGCCGGCUCUCGUUCCGCAUGAUGACCGACAGCACCCAGGCGGAGAUGGAGGAUCAGGUCGGUCAGGACAUGUACAAGGUGUACGAGCGAAUCUACGGUACCCGACUAGGCGGGGAUCAAGAAGGGAGGGAGACCGUCCAGACCUGUGGGAGCGUUGAAACACCAGAGGGACGGCUUCUCGCGUUUCCCAACAUCUUCCUGAAGAACCGCAACAAGCCCGGCCACCGCCGCUUCAUUGCACUGUGGCUCGUCGACCCGCUCCGGCGCAUCGUCUCGACCGCCAACGUACCGCCGCAGCAAUUCGACUGGUGGAUUAAGGCCGUCUUUGGCACCGAGGCCAAGACACUGGGGAACAUGCCCCCGGGGGUAUUCCAGCUGCUACUCGAGCAGGAGCUGCUGCUCCAAAGCGGCAUGAAGAGCCGCCUGCCGUCCGAGGUCAUGGACAUGGUGCGGAGUCAGGUCGCGCCCGACGGGCUGAUGACCGUCGAGCGGGCGCGUCGGCACCGGCUCACCGUGAUGGAGGAACGAAGCGCCUUUGCAACGACGGCCAGAGAGGAGGAGUGGGCAAACCGGUAA